GGUAGGUUUGUUAUUAAAACGUUGCUCCGUUUAAAGUGACGGGAAAUGUUGACGAUGGGAGUGGAUGAAGUAGGGAAAUGAAGGGUUUAAACCUUCUGUGAAAUAGUUGCAUAUAAAAAGACAAGUAAGAUGUCAGGGGCCCACGACCCACAUAGGAAGCGCCGCCCCCCCAAAAUGUUCUUGAUCGCGACCGACCUGAAGGUCCAAGACCAGCUGGAUGGAACCAUUCGGCUGCAGCGGGGGUUCAUCUGCCAGGAGCAAGAUAAGAGCAGAGGCGACAGCCUUUGGGUCAAGGUGUUGGAUAAUGACAUCAUGUUAAAACUAGAGAGGAAGUCCCUGCAUGAAAUCCCGGCUGAACUGAGCGGCCUGUUGGAGCCUGUGUCUGAUCCAGAGGCCCGCCUGAGACUUCGAAGCAAUCCCGGGAAGCUGCAGCAGUUGGCUUCCUUGCCUGUCGAUGCUCCUCUGUGGGUACAAAUAGGCCAACAGGACGAGCUGGCAGAGGCAGACCUUAAAUACGUCGGGCCGCUGACCAGAGGGAGCAGCGCUGUGGUUUUUGGGGUACAGCUCAAGGGUUCAGCGAUAGGAAAAGGGAUGUGCAACGGUUCCUAUAAGGGCCAUCGGCUCUUCAGCUGUCCAGAAGCCUGCGGCCUCUUCCUCCCGGUCAGCCACAUCAGAUUCCGCCACUGGUCUCGCGGCAAUCGCUCCGACGCACACGAGCGAGCCCGCGAGCGAGACCACCACCGCAGCGGCAAUUAUCACCCCAGCAACGGGCACCAUAGCAACAACGAGCGUCCAAACCAUCAGCAGCAGCACCCCAGUCGUCACAUCAGCUUCCACCAGCAUCAUCCCAGCGGCCCUCCUCAGCCACUCGCUGGUGGCAUCCUCCCUCGAGCAGCGGAGUCAGUACCCGUCACAGUUCAAAACCAGAUCCAGGUCCGAGGUCCCGCGUCACCUCCGCCCUUCCAAGUUGGCCAGCGUGUGUGUUUCCCUCUGGAGGACAAUGUCUAUGGAGGGGAGGUGCGGUUCUGUGGUCUCCUGCCUGGCCGAUCCUCAUCAGGGACGUAUGUUGGAGUCCUGCUGGACGUUCCUGUGGGUAACUGGGACGGCCUUUAUAAAGGAGAGAAGCUCUGCCACAUUCCUUCCCCUCUGUAUGGACAACUUCUGCCAAUCACCAGGGUUUCCUCAGAGCCGAAAUCCCUCCGUCACAACCCUUCUUUCCAACUGCCCAAAUCCAUCCUGAAGCCAGUACCGCCCCCCGCCUCUAAACCAGGCCCCACGUCACCACCCGUGUCUGCUCCCAAGGUCGCCCUGAUGCCCCCCUCCAAGCAAGCACUUGGACCCCCUCCGCUGCCGCCACCGAAGCCCGCCCACAAACCCCUGCCUCUUCCCCCUCUCCCGCCUCCCAAACCCCGCAGCCCGACGUCGCCGACCACCGCCGACCAGCUGCAGCACACCAACGGCGUGCACGGCCCCCCUUCGCCGCUGAGGUCUCCGGACAGCGGGGAAGCUGCAGGGGAGGACGGAGAGGCGGGACUGGAUGAGCUGGAGGUGGGGUCGAUGGUCGAAGUGAACGACCCGCCGCUUUUUGGGGUUAUUCGCUGGAUUGGAUGGAUCAAGGGGAUUUCAGAGCAAGUGGCAGGAAUUGAGCUGGACCAGGAGCUGUCUGCAGGAACAGACGGCAGUUACCUCGGUGAACGUCACUUCCGUUGCCCGGCCAACAAGGGGCUGUUUGUCAAGCUUCGUAACUGUAGGCGGGACUCCAGGUUUCCCGCCCCUGAGACGCCUGUCAAUCAAGUGGAGCGAUGCAACUCUAUAGCCUUUGCAGAGUGGGGCAGCGAGCGCGUGGAGGACCACACUCCUCCUUUGGAUGGGGACGAGGCCAGUGAGCUCUACCAGGGCUGGAAGAGGGGCAUCCAGGGUCACCUCAACUCCUGCUACCUGGAUGCCACGCUGUUCAGUCUGUUCUCCUGCUGCAGUUCAGCAGACUGGGUUUUGUUUUGGCCGUCUGACCCGGAAACAGACCAAAACUCCAGUCAGGCUCAGGACCUGCUGCGCUGUGAGAUAGUCAACCCCCUGCGAAGGUAUGGCUACGUGUGUGCCAGUAAGACCAUGGCCUUGAGACGACUGCUGGAGGCUGCAAACAGCGACAUGGGCUUCACCAACCAGGAGAAAGAUCCUGAAGAGUUCCUCAACAAGCUUUUCCAGCUCCUCCGAGUGGAGCCGCUCCUUAAGAUCAGAUCGAUGACCCAACAGCCUCAGGAGUGUCACCUCUACCAGCUCUUCCCCCCUACCCUCCCCCCCUCUCCCUCUUCACCCUUACCCCUCUCCCCAGCUGACUCUCCCAUCCCUCUCGCCUCGCCGUCGCCCAGCCGGAUGAGGGUCGCUAGCGUCCAGGCGCUCCUGGAAUCCUCCUUCCUCCACGCCGGCCUCAAGUUUGUCGAGGCUCCCUCCUGCCUCUUACUGCUCAUGCCUCGCUUUGGAAAGGACUUCAAAAUGUUUGAUGCCAUCUUGCCCAGCCUCAGCCUGGACAUCACAGACUUGGUGGACGACACUCUGAGACAGUGCAGCAUCUGUCAGGCUGUAGCUGAGUGGGAGUGUCUUCAGUGUUAUGAGGACAUGGACAUCACUCCGGGACGUCUCAAACAGUACUGCCAGACCUGCAACACACAGGUCCACAGUCACAGGAAGCGGGCGUCCCACAGCCCGGUGAAGGUUGCUGUCCCCGGGGGACCGUGGACCGGCCCUCUGCACUGCGCCCGCCAGCGGAUGUCUCUCUUUGCGGUGACGUGCAUCGAGACCAGCCAUUACGUGAGCUUUGUGAAGCACGGGCCCCUCCCCACCGACUGGCUGUUCUUUGACAGCAUGGCAGACCGGGAAGGCGGCCAGAACGGCUUCAACAUCCCGCAGGUGAAGGCGUGUCCGGAGGUGGGCCGCUACCUCAGCCUGUCAGAGGAGGAGCUGAGCAGGGUUGAGCCCGCCUCCUUACGGGAGCCUGCCCGCCGCCUGCUCUGUGACUCCUACAUGUGUCUGUACCACAGCCCCGAGCUCAGCCUCUACAAGUGAAGUGGACACACAACACACACACACACACACACCUGAGUGUGGAGCAAGAUACCGUCCAGCUGACAAACAUGUAGCCCUCAGGUUCUUACCUGUCAGGUUAAAACCACGCACGUCCAGAAUAUGAACUCUUCAGUUACCAGGUCUUCACUUAGUCCAGUAGAAUAUGAAAUGUUCAGAAACCCAAUAGACAACAGAGUGUUUUCAGCCUCUCAGGCUCUGCUCACACUGGCAGUAAAAUGCAUCUUGGAUGAUCUUAGCCUCUGUUUGGGCCUCUCAUGCUUUACCAUUACAUUCAAGUCACAGAGCUAGACAUCGGUUUUCCUGAAAAACAAAUACCUGGUUGCCAACUGAAUUUGUCAAGCUCAGUUUGUACAAUUCAGAAUGUAAGUAAGUGUUGUUAAACGACCUGCUGACAGUUUCAAAGAUUAUUUUUCAGUAAGUCUUAGCUCUGUGCCUCAAAUACUAUAAUAAUACAUGAGAGGCACAAACUGAGUAAGGUGACACUAAAACAGCUCAUCAGCCUGACUGCUACAAUGAGAGUUUGUACCUUAAGCCACAUUCAGUAUAGUGGGAGUGCAGAUUAGAUCCUGGGCAGUAUCGGACAGUAUUAGUUAUUAGUUGUAUCCCUGAUCAGGUUGAAAGAGUGCCUGGUCAACGUGCAUUUAAAUCGCAAACAACUUAGACGAGGUUUUGAAUUUGUGCCCAAGCCAAGCGACUUUCAUAGCUUAGAUGAAAUGUUAGUGUUUCUGUGUUUCAGCUGUUUUCGCCCUCAGAGACAAACAAAUGUGAGCAAGAUGUAACUUCUGAUCACACUCGAGAUGCAUACUGCGCCAGUUUAACCUGGAUCAAGGCCACAUCUGGUUGUAAUAAUUGCCUUAAAACAGCUGAACAGUGCCUCAGAAGUACAUGUCAUUUAAAAUGUGACAAUCUGCUAAAUGUGAGGACAACAGUAUGACCCAUGUUGUCUAACGUAGCUAAUGAACAAACAGCCGGAAGUGUAAUGGGUGUUAAGAGUUUUGUGCACUCAUGAACUUAGUGGUUAACUAGUCUGAUGGGUGGCAGCACUCGUCUUUACACCUGAGUUUACCUGUGCUAAUAACAAUAUCGCUCACACACUGUACAGAACCACUGUGCCUGUAACAAAUAACACACUUUACAACUCAAUUUGCACUGCUUCGUUUACAUGUCAGUAUGUGUAUAUAUAGUCUCUUUGCCUUAAACUGACUGUAAAGACUGCACACAGAUGUUUAAACUAUUGUACUGCUUACGGGUUGUUUAAUAUAAUACAGCUGCACACGUUGGGGACUAAUAUCCCAGCUAAUAAAUGCUUUGAU